AUGUUAAUACUACUUCUUCUUCUGGUAACUGGUGCUUCGACCGUUCGUCUUUACGAACAAUGUGGCGGUGAAGGAUGGCGUGGUUCAACUGUGUGUGACUCUCCUACACAAUGUUUUCGCCGGUCAAAAUGGUUCUCAUCGUGUCAAGUCGCAUGCCCGGGUUCCGAUUGGGAAUGUGCAACAAAUGCCGGAAAUUCAGUCGGACGUGCACAACCAUGGGAUCAAUGUGGAGUCUAUUAUUCUCAAUGUCGACCAGAUUGUCCUGAAGGAUGGGUAUGUUCAGGUUCAGCAACACCAAUAGCGGCAACGAUUUCGACUGCGCCAACUUCAAGCCCACUGGUAACCUCACCUACGCGUCCAAGUACUACUUCUCGUGCAUCUUCCUCUGUUCCCCUUGCCUCGCUUUCAUCAUCGAUUUCAACAACCUUGUCUCAAGGAACUUCACCAAGUUCGGUUCAAUCAACAGCAAGUGCAUCCACUGAAGCGAUAUCAACUCCUGGCAAAGAAGUCGAUGGUACAGACGAAAUUGGAGGAGAUAUCGAUGACAUAAAUAUAGAAGAUAUCGAAGGUCUCGAUGAACUAGCUCCUUAUGAUCCAAGUGAAUUCGAAAACGAAGAAUUCGAUACAGACGAUUUUUCUGAUCCAUCUGAGCAAGAUUUAGAUGAACUUCAACAACAAGAAAAUGGCGACGAUGAAGAGUUUCAAGAAUAUAAGGAUAUAUUUGGACGCCGCCGAAAACGACGACAAAGUACAGCUUCGGGUUCAUCAUGCGAAGCUGAUGGAGUAUCAGGUGUGUGUUUAUCAACUGCAUCUUGCACGGGCAAAUCAGUACCAGGUCAUUGCAGUGGUUCUGUUAACAUUCAGUGUUGCAUUGAAGAAGAAGAAACAUAUGGUUCAUGUCAAGUGAAUAAUGCUGAGGGUAUCUGUCGUGACAUAUCGACUUGUAAAGAUGGAACUUCAUAUGCUGGCAAAUGCCCAGGUGAUUCUAAUGUUCAAUGUUGCAUCAAGAAGACAAGCACAGCAGCGACAUCAACAGCUGGAAGUUCAAAUAAUCAGUUGUGCGGUAGUUAUGUAAAUGAAGCAACAAGUGUUCUUGAAGGCAAUAGCAAAAAACAAUUUCAAGUGGUAAAAAUCAAACGAGAACAUUUGUCAAAUCCAAGUCAUUACACUUUAAACGUAAAUUCAUCCGAUAAUACAAUGGCACAAAAAACGGCCUGUGCUUUUGAUAAAAUGGCAUCGAUGGCUAAAAAAUCGAAUGUAGUUUUAAAGAUUAACUCAGGAUUUCGUGUUUUCACACGACAACAGUACUUUUAUAAUUGUUACAAGACAGGUAAAUGUAACAAUGGAGCGAAAGCAGCUGUUCCAGGCACAUCGAAUCAUGGCAUAGGUUUAGCUUUAGAUAUUUCAACAAACUGUGGCAGUCAAAAAGGUGCUACUGCACCGGACGCAUGUACGACGCAUUCAAAUGGCGUCUAUAAAUGGUUAUACACGAAUGCACACAAAUUUGGCUUUACACGCACGGUUAAAAGCGAACCAUGGCAUUGGGAAUUUCGUGGAAUUGGUGUAGAACGAGCAUCUUUCUCGUAA